GGCAUCUGCCAGCCAUUUGGCUUUGGUUUCCUUGGGAUUAUUCACCUCCAAUACCAGUCGCUUUGUUUAAUUGGUUACAAACAAUGUCUGUAGACUGGCUUUAAACAGCGGCUCUACUUCAGAGGAAGUACAGACAGUUCUGUAGAAGCUGUUGCUAUGAAGAGACAACUCAGAAAUGACUGAUGUGGAGCCUGGCGUCACAGAUUUUGUCUCAUCAGGACGGGCAGGCCGCAGAAAUGCCUUACCUGACAUCCUUGGCUCUCCAGCAGGAGUCAAUUCAGCUGAUUUACCAAACAAGCUGUCAGAAUUAUCCAUAAACACAGAUGAAGGAGCAGAAGAAAAAACAUCUGCAUCAGAAGAACCACCAAAACUACAAGAAUGUGAAGAUAAAGACAAUACAUCAUAACAGGCCACUGAUCCGCAACACCACAUUACAGAUAAUUUUCACAAGUGACACUAGAAUGCCCAGAUUUAUACAGCAAAGAGAUUGCGACUUCAAGUUGAAGCAAACUCAGCAUUUCUUUUUCUUGAGAGUGUGGGAAGGAAUUAGAUAGAAUCCUCAAAAAUAUAAAAUUACAACAACCUGUUUCAUUGUAACUGCUUAUGAAUUUUGUUUUGACUGAUGGCGUUUAUCAACACACUGAUUCAAAUGAUACUUAUAUAACUCGAUAAAAUGUCAGAAAUGUGGGUAGAAUAUGUGCAAAUAUUAUUAACUUUAAAAUUAAUUUAGAGUUUAUUUUCUAAUUUAGCAAUUGCUUCCAUAAAAUGAAAUAUAGAAUAAUUUGUUGUAUUUAUUAUUCCAAAGCUACUUACCACCCCCUGUUCUGUGUACUAUUGUACAGUCUUUGGUGUAACUAACUUCCAACCUGUAUGGACAUUAUUUGCUUUAUACUGUUGUAGGUUGUGUGGCUUCGGCAAAAAAUUUUAGA